GUUUCAUUUAAACUGGGGACGCAAAUGCACCCUAUCCAAAAAAAUGACCCAUUACGACGUUUAUGGACUGACACAAGAUGGCUGCCAUGUGAUGACGGCCCACCCGCUUAGCCCCCAGCGUGCUUGUCGCAUCUAGCGCUAUAAACAUGUCCUCUAUUUACAGAGCCCCUCUUCUGCCCUGCCGCCUGAUCCUCCGUCCGUCUGUCAGGCAUUUCCCCCCCUCUUACCCUUUUUUUCCUCUUUUUUUCCCCCUCCCUCCGCCUUUUUUUUUGUUGAGGGGGACGAACCGAACGUCACGUCGCUUUACGUCGUUGGACGCGGACGCUGCCGGCCGGCAACAGGGCAUCUGAAAGUCCAAACGAGAAAUGAUGCACCGACUGAGCCGCCACGCGCGCUGGUCCAGCGGCGCCACGCAGACGCUGGUGGUGUUCACGCUGACCUUCUGCGUGGUGCUCCCGUUGUGCUGCCAGCGCCUGGUCUACUCCUACUACUUCCUGCGCUCCGUCUACUUGGACACCGUCAGCGAGGACGCCUUGCGCGAGAGUCUGCGACGCGGUCAGGAGGCGCUGCGCUUUUGGCAGAGCGCCGACCCUCCCGCUAUCUCCCCCGCCAGUGACGAGCCCGAGCUGCUGGUCACCGUGGUGACAUCGCGGCGCCGCGACGGCUUCCAUUACCACUAUCUGCUGCAGGUUAUGUACCAACUGAGCCUUCUCCUGGCCGGCUGCGGAGAGAGACCCUGCGCCCAGGUGGUGCUGUGCGAUGUGGAGAGCGGCCCGCACGUCAAUGAGGAUGCCAAACUCCUGGAGAGGCACUUCCGCGUGCUGCGCCGGCUGGCCGAUCGCCGCCACCUAGCCUUCAACACCUUCGAGCGAGAGAAGCAGGACUACGCCUUCUGCCUGCGGCGGGCCUACGAACUGGUGCGGCCCCGUAACGCGGUGGUCCUGGAGGACGACGCCUUGCCCCGUUCGGACUUCUUCCGGGUCUUGAGGGAGCUCCUGAGUCGGCGGUUCGCCGCCGGCGCGCUCUACGUCAAGCUGUACCACCCUGAGCGGCUGCAGCGCUACUGGAAUCCGGAACCCUACCGCCUCCUGGAGUGGUUGGGUUUGGGCCUGCUGGGUGGCACCCUGCUCUUGGGGUUCCUGGUCACGCAGAACCCGUGCUCCCUGUCAGUACGCGCGUCCAUUGGCCACCUGGCCCUCCUGACUGUCUACGUGAUGGCGAGUGCCGAACUGCUGGGCCGCCACUACCUGCUGGAGGUGCGCCGCCUGUCCCCGCAGCUCUACGCUGUGUCGCCCGCCACAGAGUGCUGCACGCCGGCCGUGCUCUACCCAGGAAACGCCUCCCUGAGGGCGGCCGCCUACCUGGACCUGGCCUUCUGCUCCAAGGGCAACGCAAAGGACACGGUCCUUUACCGGGUGGCACGCGCCGCGCCCGGAGAGCGCUCAUACAGUGUGGAACCCAACCUGAUCACGCACAUUGGAUGGUUCUCCUCCAUCAGGCCCAACCCGGCCCAGCCAAGGAUGCUUUGACCCUCACUAGUCUAGUUCCGCCCAUCCAGAUCGGGUCACGGGAGCCCGGGUUUUCUCCUUCGGAAACACUCCUGGCCAUGCCGGGUGCUUCAAAGGCUUGAUCCCAAGUUGUUGCCGCUUGGCCGGGUCACUUCGUAUAGAUUUUCGGGACAUUUUUGGGUGACUUCCUGUUGAUUUUGGAGUAUUUCCCAGUCACUUCCUGCUGAUUUAGGAGCAUUUAUAAGUCACUUUGUGUUGAUUGCUGGGCAUUUACGGGUCACUUUGUAUUUUGGAGCAUUUCCAGGUCAAUUCCUGCUUAUUUAAGAGCUUUUCCAAAUCAUUUCCUGCUAAUUCAUAAGUAUUUCAAAGUCACUUACUGUUGGUAACUGGGAAUUUAUGAGUCACUUUGUAUUUUGGAGCAUUUUUGGGUCACUUCCUUCAUUUUUUUAAACCUGUCCUGUUCAGCUGUUUGACAUGGAGAAUGGUAGUCUGAGUGUCCGGGGCGCCGUGGGUGGUCUGGGGCGGGGAUUGAUCGGGGCCCGGGCGCUUCACCCGCCCUGCGGCCAGUGGUUCUGGUGGGGCCACGCCCGCGGGAUCCUACCUCUUAACUCAGGCACUUUUCACUUCGGCACUGUAAAUAUCUUCCACCCUGGCACUUAAAUACUCAUACAUUUCUCCGGGGAGAGUUGGGAUGGGGCUUUACAGUUCCCCCCUGUUUUUAAUGCAUCACACACCAAGGUUGUGGGAUGGUUGGGACCUGUUGGGAGGGGGUGCCUCACGGUUACCUCCUCACGACAGGCCCCGCCAUCCCUGCACCUUUUUUAACGCACCACACAUAGCAUACUUCACAGGAGAGCUCCAGCAAAGGCUGGGUAGAAAUU